ACAUGACUGUUGCAUAUCCGACGGUCCGUGAAAGCACCACCGUCAAUCCUGUCUGGUCAGCUGUCUUUCCGCUGAGCGCGCGCUGCUUUGGUAAAAUUCGGCUGAAGUUCGGCUGGUACCGGUUCAGGUGAACGAGGCCACUGCCGGGAUGAACCCCCUGCUGCGGCGUCUCGUCGCGCUGCGGUGGGGCGCGUGGAGAGGUUUCCAUGUGGGAACGCCAUCUGCGACCUUUGACCUGAGAAAGGUUGAGCUGACGCCCCUGGAGCAGAGGAAGCUGACUUUUGACUCCCACGCCAUGGUGAUGGAGCUGGAGAAGAGUGGUUUCGAGAAGCAGCAGGCCGAGCUGAUCGUCUCAGCUCUGGUCACGCUGACCACAGCCAACAUGGACAUCGUCUACAAGGACAUGGUGACUAAAUCCCACCAGGAGAUUGCRGUGCAGCAGAUCAUGGCUCACCUGGACUCCAUCAGGAAGGACAUGGUGAUCCUGGAGAAGAGCGAGUUCGCCAACCUGCGGUCUGAGAACACGAAAAUGAAGCGAGAGUUGGAGCAGCUGCAGAACAGACUGAAGGAGGAGAGCGAGAAAGUCCGAGCAGAAACCAAACUGGACAUCAACCUGGAGAGGAGCAGGACCUCUGACAUGUUCGCCGACCAGGAGAAGAAGUUGAUGGAGGCAACCUCAGAGUUCUACCAUAAGAAAGCUGACCUGGAAAACGACAACAUGGAGAUCAACAAGAAAAUGGACCUGCAGGUGGCGUCGCUGAAGAUGGUGCUGGAGUCUCUGAAGCUGGAGACGGUCCGGUACAUGGCAGCAACCAUCUUUGCCUGCCUCGCCAUCGCUCUGGGAGUCUACCGGUUCUGGAGGUGACUGAUCAGAACCAGAACCAGRUCUGGUUUCAGAGAACCAGCUGGUACUUCCUCAGUGUGCUAUAACUSGGGUCAUAACCAGCCUGCAGGACGGUUCUGAMCCGGAUCUUAAGCCUGUUUACUUUGUUCCUAUAGCCUGAUGCAGAGAAGAAGUUGGUUGUGUUUUAGUGAUGCUGGGAUGUCGCCGCCCUGGUGACGGCUCGCUGCAUUUCUCUGGGUCUGGAAUAAAAACCUGAUUUCACUUAU